CUAAGGCCAUCCAGCACUACUGAACGUUGGAAGAUUCAGGACCAAUAAAAGGAAGUACUUCUUCACACAGUGCAGAGUUAAACUAUGGAAUUUAUUACCAUUAGACGUAGGGAUGGCCACCAACUUCGCAUGCUGCCUGAACAUCAGAAAUGAUAGCAAGUGCUUGUUUGGGUGAGCAGGCAAAUGAGAACAAAGAGGAUAUUCAGAUGCAAAAGGCAGAGCAAGGCAAACAAACAGGGUAAUCACCAGGAUUAGCAGGAGAAACAGUUUCCCAAUGCCUUGAGAGAAGAGAAACUGUAGUAAAUUACUGCAAGCCAGGGAAGGAGGUGGACCACCACUUAUCAAAGAGAAUGGAUAAUGCCAUUUCUAGCACGGAAGGCCCCCAGGAUCUUGGCAAAAGCCCAGCCAGAAAGCGAAUCCGCAAAUCUCAGAGCCCAAGGACGUGCAAUGAGUGUGGAAAGACCUUUGCGCAGGCCUCAAACCUUCUGGCACAUAAAAGAAUCCACACAGGCGAGAAGCCAUAUAAAUGUGUACACUGUGGGAACAGUUUCACCGAACGGUCAAACCGUAACAGGCAUCAGAGGACCCAUUCAGGAGAGAGACCAUAUAAAUGUGUUGAUUGUGGGAAAAGUUUCAGCUUUCGAUCGGACCUCAUUAGACAUGGAAUUACCCAUACAGGAGAGAGACCAUAUAAAUGUUCAGAUUGUGGGAAAAGCUUCAGUCAUGCCUCAACUCUGAUCAGACAUGAGAAUAUCCAUACAGACCCAGGGCCUUCCUGA